GCUGCCGGGAGAUCAGUUUAGUUCCGGUCGUGGAGGAAGAGUGUACAGUGUUACCUUCCCUGUGAUAUUUUUAUCUAUUUUUUUUCUUCCCUCUCAUCGUAAACCGAAUCGGAAUUGUACCACGGACCUCUGUACGAGCUGAGUGCGCUACCACUGAGCUAUGGGACACCCAGGCCAUCAAGCUGUUAACUGAACACCACCUAAUAACUGCUGGAGACUUUCCGUCUUUCUAUUAACCUGUCAUAGAACUGGAGCAGAGGAUGAAGAGUGUGAUUUUUGUGGUGGUGUUGGCCGUGGUGGCUGAGGUGCAUCCCCAGUGUCUCUCCGAGAACGACAACCUCGACAUUCCUGCCAGUAACGACCUCUCAUCCAUCACUGACUUCGGGCUUGAACUGUUCAAGGGACUUUUUCCCUACAACGCCACCAGCAAGAACUUCUUCUUUUCCCCUUACAGCGUGUGGAAUGCUCUGACUCUCGCCUACUUCGGCUCGGGAGGUAACACUCAGAGUCAGCUGGAGGAAGUACUUCGGGUGACCGACAAAGUCUCCACUCUCAAGAACUGGAGAGCGUUGGAGUUUCUGUACCGCAUGCGUCAGGCCAACAACAGCGACUACACCUUCAACCUCGCCAAUCGUGCAUUCUUUGAUAAAACAGUAUCGCUGCGGCCCUGUGUUGAUGCUAUCCUCCACAACGAGCUCCAGAUUCUUGAUUUUUCUGAGCCAACAGAAGCAGCGGACACCAUCAACACCUUCGUUAGCGAGACAACGAAAGGUCGUAUCACAUCUCUAGUGGAACCUUCUCACGUGUCACAAGCUAAGAUGGUUCUGGCCAACGCUGCCUUCUUCAAGGGUACCUGGCAAUACCAGUUCAAGCCUUCACAAACUCGCAAGAACCUCUUCUACGCCACCCCAGAAGAUUACUACUUUGUUGACAUGAUGACACAGAAGGGCAACUUCCGACACGGAGUGUCAGAGGAACUCGGUGCACACAUCCUUGAGCUGCCUUACACAGGCGAGGCAGUGUCUAUGUACAUCCUCCUGCCACCAUUCAUCAGUGGAGAGAAUGGUUUCAAUGCCAUGGUGGAGCGUCUCAAUGCCUCCCUCUUGACUGAGGCUUUCAAUAACAUGUGGCGCAUGCAGGUCGAAGUGAUCCUCCCGAAGUUCAAGCUGGAGCAGCUGGUUGAAGACGAACUUAUGCUGACAUUAGCUGGCAUGGGAAUCACUGACCUGUUUGACCAGAGUCAAGCCAACUUGACAGCCUUUGCCCCCAAUGGCAGUUUGAGCAUAGGCAAAAGCAUCCACAAGGCCUUUGUAGAGGUAUCAGAGGAAGGGACAGAGGCAGCAGCAGCUACUGCUCUCAUCUCUUGGAGAAUUGCUCGACCAGUGGGACCUGAGAAGUUUGAAUGUAAUCAUCCGUUCCUCUUCAUAAUUUAUGACAAUCUUACCAAAAAUGUUCUUUUCCUGGGUGCCUACAAGAACCCUAAGGCUUGAAGGGCCUAACUUGCACAAUUAACUGCAGGCAAGUAAGGUACCUAUGCUGGUUACACUGGAGUAACCAGAACAUGUUCAUAAAACUGAGUAAUACACCACACCUGAAAGUGAAUUAAACCAGGUGAAAUAUAUUACUUCUUGUGUUGAUAUUACUGAACCCAUGCACAUUAAAAUUUAAGAGUUGACGUCGAUCUUAAUAGUAUUUAUGAUGACCUUGAUGUAGUUAGUUCUGUUAGGUUUUUACAAGUAUGUUGUUUAAGAUAUUUUGUAAUUCAUUAUGUAACGAAGCCAGGAAGCUUUUCUCUGUGAUACUUGUCUAAUAGCUUCUUUAGAUGCAGAAAUAUUGCAGAACAUUCAAUGACCUUUACUCUGUGGCUGGUCACAAGUGAAAGAGACGCAGUGUUGUUGUUUUAUAGUUCGUUAUUUAAACCAGAGAACUGGAUAGCUAUAUCCCUUCAGGAAGUAUACCAGAGAUCUGGAUAACUGUAUCCCUUCAGGAAGUAUACCAGAGAUCUGGAUAACUGUAUCCCUUCAGGAAGUAUACCAGAGAUCUGGAUAACUGUAUCCCUUCAGGAAGUAUACCAGAGAUCUAGAUAACUGUAUCACUUCAGGAAGUAUACCAGAGACCUGGAUAACUGUAUCCCUUCAGCAAGUGUAGCAUCGCUAACCGGUAUUAAGCCACAGUCAUUUAUUUUCAACUUUAUUUAUGAUCGUCCCUCUGACUAGACCAACAUAUAUGGAUACUAUUCCUUGGAACAAUUUUAAUAAUCAGUGGGUUAAGCCACUGGAUCCUCAUAUAGAAAUUAUUUGCCCAAGGAUAUUGUCACCAGAAAUCAAGAAUGAUUAUAUCAUUAUAUCCUAGAGCCUAUCAGUUGUGACGUUUUGUAUUGAGAAGUAUUCUGAAGUAUUGAGAAGUAUUCUGAAGUAUUGAGAAGUAUUCUGAAGUAUUGAGAAGUAUUCUGAAGUAUUGAGAAGUAUUCUGAAGUAUUGAGAAGUAUUCUGAAGUAUUGAGAAGUAUUCUGAAGUAUUGAGAAGUAUUCUGAAGUAUUGAGAAGUAUUCUGAAGUAUUGAGAAGUAUUCUGAAGUAUAACAAGAGCUUUCUGUUGUUGAAGUCAACAAGGUGAUUCAGGAACUAUAACAACCUUGCAUUAAUGUAAAUAUCCCAGCAACUAAUUUGCAACAAAACAUAAUUUAUUUCGUUUACUUAAGGAGCUGAAAUCGUUAGCAAUUUAUAGAUACUCCAUUCAGACAGCUAAGAUAAAUCAGCAAAUAAAAACACAUUUUGUAUAUUGUAUAUAUUUUUAAUCCUUUAGGGGUUUUUUAUUUAAUAAGUUGCACACAAUAAAUGUACAAAUAUA